CUUCAAACUAGAAGGAAGGUCAGCGAAGGAAAGUGGAAGUUAGAUUUUGAGUGAUCACGGUGUCCACAGGGCUUUGACGGUGGUCAGGAUUCUGAGGACUUGAGCAGCUAGCCGGGGACCGUCCCUAGGAUUUCUUGCCUGUUGCCUGUCUUGGUCUGCACUCUUUGGACAUCAAGAUGAACGUGCAAGCUUGUUCUAGGUGUGGGUAUGGAGUUUAUCCUGCUGAGAAGAUCGAUUGUCUAGAUCAGAUAUGGCAUAAAGCAUGUUUUCACUGUGAAGUUUGCAAAAUGAUGCUAUCGGUUAAUAACUUUGUGAGUCAUCAGAAAAAGCCGUACUGUCACGCCCAUAACCCCAAGAACAACAGUUUCACAAGUGUCUAUCAUACUCCAUUAAAUCUAAACAUGAGGAAGUCUCCAGAAGCCAUCCAUGGAAUCGAUGACCAGGGUGACAGCGAACGGUUUAAGUCGGUUUUUCACUGGGACAUGAAGUCCAAGGACGGGGCAGCCGCACCUGAGAGGCAACUCCCGGUGAACGAGAGAGGCUAUUGGACUGGAUGUGCGGAAGGGAAUGCGUGGUGCCCAGGAGCUCUGCCAGAUCCUGAAAUCGUGAGGAUGGUUGAGGCCCGAAAGUCUCUUGGUGAGGAAUAUACAGAGGACUACGAGCAGCAGAGGGGCAAAGGGAGCUUCCCGGCCAUGAUCACCCCUGCCUAUCAAAGAGCCAAGAAAGCCAACCAGCUGGCCAGCCAAGUGGAAUACAAGAGGGGGCAUGAGGAGCGUGUGUCCACGUUCUCCACGGUGGUGGACACCCCUGAGCUGCUCCGGGCCAAGGCAGGGGCGCAGCUGCAAAGCGAUGUGAGAUACACGGAGGACUACGAACAGCAGAGAGGGAAAGGCAGUUUUCCUGCUAUGAUCACACCGGCGUAUCAGAUAGCCAAGAGAGCCAAUGAGCUGGCCAGUGAUGUAAGGUACCAUCAACAGUAUCAAAGAGAAAUGAAAGGAAUGGCCAGCCCAGCUGCCGGCGCUGCAGGAGUGGACCAGUACGGCCAGGGUUACUUGGAGGACUAUGAGGAGCACAGAGGAAAAGGCAGCUUCCCCGCCAUGAUCACCCCAGCUUAUCAGAACGCCAGGAAAGCCAACGAACUCGCUAGUGACAUAAAAUACAGGCAGGACUUCAAUAAGAUGAAAGGGGCUGCACAUUAUCACUCCCUCCCAGCCCAAGACAACUUGGUUCUCAAGCGGGCGCAGAGCGUGAACAAGCUUGUGAGUGAGGUGGAAUAUAAGAAGGACCUGGAAAGUAGUAAAGGUCACAGUAUCAACUACUGUGAGACGCCUCAAUUCAGGAACGUGAGCAAGAUCUCAAAAUUCACCAGUGAUAAUAAAUAUAAAGAAAACUACCAGAACCAUAUGAGAGGCCACUAUGAAGGAGUUGGUAUGGACAGACGGACACUCCAUGCUAUGAAGGUUGGAAGCCUGGCAAGCAAUAUUGCCUACAAGGCUGAUUAUAAGCAUGACGUCGUUGACUACAACUACCCAGCCACUCUCACCCCUUCCUAUCAAACCACAGUGAAGCUGGCUCCCUUGAAAGAUGUCAACUAUAGGCAAAGCAUUGACAAGUUGAAAUACAGCUCUGUGACCAAUACCCCUCAGAUUGUCCAAGCCAAAAUCAACGCCCAGCAACUGAGUCAUGUGAAUUAUCGCGCUGACUACGAGAAAAAUAAGUUGAAUUACACACUGCCACAGGACGUACCUCAGAUGGUGAAGGCCAAAGCCAAUGCUGAACUAUUUAGUGAGGUGAAGUACAGAGAAGGCUGGGAGAAGGCCAAGGGGAAAGGCUUUGAGAUGAAGCUGGAUGCUAUGUCUCUGCUGGCCGCCAGAGCCGCUGGAGAGCUUGCGAGCAAUAUUAAGUAUAAAGAAGAAUAUGAAAAAUCAAAAGGCAAAGUCAUGGGAACUACGGACUCCAGGCUUCUGCACUCUCUGCAGGUUGCCAAGAUGAGCAGUGAGAAGAUGCGCGGGUCCCUGAAAGUGCGCGCCGUGGAUGUAAGCACGGGUGUGGUGGCGGCGACAGCCAAAUCCCAAUGCUACGCGGUCCUUUUUCUUUGGAAACAGAAAAACUACAGGCAGAGGGUGGAUGAACUGAAGUUCACCAGUGUGGCCGACGGCUCCCAGAUGGAGCACGCCAAGAAGAGCCAGGGGCUGCAGAGUGGGGUGGCCUACAGGGCAGGGAACAAGCAGUCUGUCCAUCAGUACAGCAUCAGCAAGGACGAGCCUCUCUUCCUACAGGCCCGAGCCAACGCGGCCAAUCUCAGCGAGAAACUGUAUAAGAGCAGCUGGGAAAACCAGAAGGCCAAAGGGUUUGAGCUGCGUCUGGACUCCUUGGCCUUCCUGGCAGCCAAAGCCAACAGGGACCUGGCCAGCGAGGUGAAGUAUAAGGAAGAUUAUGAGAGGUCCAGAGGGAAGCUGAUUGGGGCAAAGGAUGCCCAAGGGGAUUCACAGAUGAGCCACUCGCUGCAAAUGUCCAAGCUGCAGAGUGAACUGGAGUACAAGAAGGGGUUCGAGGACACCAGAUCCCGCUGCCACGUCUCCCUGGACAUGGUGCACCUCGCGCAUGCCCGCAAGGCUCAGCAUCUGGCCACAGGCAUAGGCUACAAGACAGCCUCUCACCACUUUACUGCUCUGCCCACAGACAUGAGGGUGGAGUGGGCCAAGAAGGCGUACGGCUUACAGAGCGAUAACCAAUACAGGGCAGAUGUGAAGUGGAUGAAAGGCACGGGCUGGGUCGCCACCGGGUCAUUAAAUGUGGAGCAGGCGAAGAAGGCAGGAGAACUCAUUAGCGAGAAGAAGUACCGUCAGCAUCCAGCUGCUUUGAAGUUUACCAGUAUUAAAGACACUCCGGAGAUGGUCCAGGCCAGAAUUAGUUAUACCCAAGCAGUGGAUAGGUUAUACAGGGAACAAGGAGAAAACAUAAAGCAUCAUUACACGCAGACAGCCGACCUCCCUGAAGUCCUCCUGGCCAAGCUGAAUGCCAUGAAUAUCAGUGAGACCCGUUAUAAGGAAUCCUGGAGCAAACUUCGAGACGGCGGCUAUAGACUGAGACUGGAUGCCAUUCCGUUUCAGGCAGCGAAGGCUUCCGGCGAAAUCAUAAGUGAUUACAAAUACAAAGAGGCAUUUGAGAAAAUGAAAGGGCAGAUGCUUGGCUCCCGGAGCUUGGAAGAUGAUAUCAGCCUUGCACAUUCAGUGUAUGCGAACUCGCUGCAGAGCGAAGUGAAUUACAAGAAGGGCUUUGAGCUCUCCAAGGCACGCUUCCAUCUGCCGUUGGACAUGGUGACCCUGGUGCAUGCCAGGAAGGCUCAGAGCCUGGCCAGCGACCAGGACUACAGACGUCCGCUCCCCCAGCACACUUCCUUGGCCGAAGACCUGAGGCUCAGCUGUGCCAAGAAAGCUCACAAGUUGCAGAGCGAGAAUCUGUACCGGUCAGACCUGAACUUCAUGCGAGGCGUUCCCUGUGUCAUUCCGGGCACGUUAGAGAUCGAAGGGAGAAAGAAGGCAUCGGAACUCAUCAGUGAGAGUAAAUACCGGCAGCACCCCCAGUCAUUCAAGUUCACGGCCGUGACAGACACUCCCAGCCUCCUUCACGCAAAACUCAGCAACCAGAUUACCAAUGAGCGCCUCUAUAAAGCAGCCGGGGACGAGGCGAGGCACCGCUACACGAUGACCCUGGGUCUGCCCGAGUUCGUCCGAGCCAAAGCGAACGCGGCCAAUCUGAGUGACGCAAAAUACAAGGAGUCUUGGCAUAAUCUCCGUGCUCAAGGCUACAAGCUGACAAUAGAGGCUCUUCCCUUCCAGGCUGCUCGCGUCUCUGGAGAUAUAGCCAGUGAUUUUCUCUACAGACACGACUUCGUGCAGGAGCGAGGCAGGCUGAUCGGGGCCCGGAGCGUGAGCGAGGACCCCCGGCUCCUGCACUGCUCACGGGUGGGCCAGCUGCAGAGCGAGCUGCAGUACAGGCGGGGGGCGGCGAGCAGCCACACCCAGUAUCACCUGCCCAUGGACAUGGUGCACCUGGUCCACGCCAGGAAGGCGCAGGCCCUGGCCAGCGAUCACGACUACAGGACACGGUGCCACGAGUUCACGGCGCUGCCCGAGGACCUGAAGAUGGCCUGGGCCAAGAGAGCACACGCCCUGCAGAGUGAGUUCCGCUACAAGUCAGACUUGAUGGGCAUGAAGGGGACAGGAUGGCUGGCGCUGAGUUCCCCGCAGCUAGAGAGUGCAAAGAAGGCUGGAGAAUUCAUCAGCGAGACUAAAUACCGUAAGAAACCAGAUAGUAUCAGGUUCACCACAGUGGUUGAUUCCCCAGACCUGGUUCAUGCCAAGAACAGCUACAUGCAUUGCAAUGAGCGCCUGUACAGGUUGGGCGAUGCCGAGUCCCUGCACAGAUACACCCUGGUCCCCGACCACCCCGAUUUCACCAGAGCCCGCCUCAACGCGCAGCACCUGAGUGACAAAGCCUACAGAAACUCUUGGGAACAGAUGCGGGCUGGCGGCUAUGACUUCAGGCUGGAUGCCAUUCCAUUCCAGACGGCCCGGGCGUCCAGAGAGAUCGCCAGUGAUUUCCGCUAUAAAGAGGCCUUCCUGCGAGACCGGGGCCUGCAGAUUGGGUACCGCAGCGUCCAGGACGACCCAAGGACGAGGCACUUCCUCAGCGUCGGCCGACUCCAGAGUGACAACGAGUACAGGAAGGACUUCGCCAAGAGUCUGUCCCAGUUCCACAGCCGCCCCGACCAGCCCGGCUUCCUCCAGGCCAGGAGGAGCCAGCAGCUGGCCAGCGACGUGUGCUACAGGCAGCCCCUGCCCCAGCCCACCUGCGACCCCCAGCAGCUGGGCCUGAAGCAUGCACAGAAGGCCCACCAGCUGCAGAGUGACGUCAAGUACAAAUCAGACCUGAACCUGACCAGAGGUAUUGGCUGGACCCCUCCCGGCUCCUACAAAGUGGAGAUGGCCCGGCGGGCGGCAGAACUGGCCAAGGCCAGGGGCCUGGGUCUCCAGGGGGCUGACGGAGGACCAGAGGCCCUGGGGCCCGCAGAUAAUCAGAGGGGGGACGUGAACCCAGAUGCCACUGAGAUUCUGCACGUCAAAAGGAGGAGGGGUCUGCCGUUGUGAGCGAGUAGCGUCCACCCAGGAUUCUUGGGGAAGUGGCUGGGGGGGAAGCGUGUCCACCAGAGAUGUGGUUCAGUUCCAGCGAGCCGGAAACAUGACAUGCCAGCCCAUCCCCCGAGCCGCCUUUUACUUAAACAGCGACUCUUAGAAAGCUCUGGAGAGUGUUGUAAUUUCGUUCCUCCGUGUCAUCCUGAAAGUGGGUGGCCGGUUCCCCUGUGCGCCUUGGGUGUCCGGCAUGAGGAAUAAAGAUGUAAAGGUGAUUUCCA